AUGGUUUUCGGCCGGCGCAAAAGAAGUGCCUCUGCCCAUCAUCAGCCACUCUCUCCGCCCGCGUCGCAAUCCGCCCAGUCCGCCGCCAGUCAUGCCUUCCUAAGAUCUCAGCCGUCAACAGGCAGUCUGUCCUCCGCGGCAGCUGCCGCAGCGCUACGCAACUCCACGCCAACCCCAACAUCCAUCGGGAAUGUCGAGACAAAGCGCAUGGUCCAGAGGCGUGCCUCGACCCAGUCGCAGGUCAACCCUGCUGGCGGCCGUCGCUCAGCAAGCGUAAGUGGGACGCUGCGCCGCUCGAGCAGUAACAGCUCGAUGACUGCACGUACCUUCCGCGAACAAUCCCCCCAUCGCCCAGCUACAAGCUCUGGACCAAUCGAUGUGCCCCCGUUGCCGAGUCUCCCGACGCAGUAUGGACCGCGGAAACUUCCCAAUAGUCGGGCAAUCAGUAUGGGGCCGUCGAUGCGCUCGCCUCCAUCGUCUCCGCCACGGGCUGGAAGGGCGAAUCGAGAACAUGGACGAGGCUCGCCUAUCCAUAUUGAUACACACCAACGCGUGACGACUCUUGGGACGGUGCCAGAGCUUGAAAGAUCCGCGAGUCGCAUCUCGGCCAAUUUCUCCUAUCCUAAUCUUUCGCGGCCGACUUCCCCUACGAAAGAGUCCGAAACCGAACCGCUGAAUAUGGCUGGUGCCCUACAGAAGGCUCCUAUCGAAGAGCCGGAGCGAGUUUCUAAAAGAGAGCCUAGGGCUCGAGCCUCUGGGAGUAUGGAAGCCCCGGUUACGAAUCAGGUCAGGGGUCCAUUGGCUGCUUCUGCUGCUGCUCAAGCACUCAGCCCUCAAAAGGGUAGUCCCCAGCAGAGAACCCGCACUGAGAAAACUCACGAUGAACCGACCGAAGAUGAGCUAGAUCAAGUUGCCGACAAUACGGGACAAAAAGCAACCCCCAUAUCGGAGAGCGAGCAUCAGUCUUCGCGAACUCUUCCUGAGCGAUGGCCGUCAACAGUCCGCGAGGAAACAGAGCAUACAGAAGAGCCUCUUGAUACUCACAUAAGGGAAGGAAGAAACCGCAUGGCGAGUUCAUCACCAACAACCGAUCACCUGGAAGCAGUCCCAGAGAAAGCGGGUCAACCCCCAUCUCUCCGACAGUCGAACAGCCCUGGCCGUGCGCGUUUCUCGCAAUUACUGUCUGUGGCCGAUGAGGGAAAUCAAAUUCACCAACCUCCUCCCCGCUCAGUGUCUCCGUUCAAGUCCGCCUUAAAGCAUCCUCGAGGCAGCUCUCUAUCCCCGGAAAGAAACCUCAGCACAACGAACCGAGCGCACGCGGCUAGCGAGCUAUCGGAUGGAGGUACAUCAGUGGCAUCGGACGAAGGGUCUCGCUUUGGUUCUAAGAAGAAGCCCCCCAAGGUCAGCUUCGACGAUGAAGCUGAGGUUGUAGGCGUGGCAGCUAGUCCUCCCACCUCACCAGAGGAAUAUGUACCUGAUUCACCACCCGGCGGCAAAGCCAAGACUCGCAUGAGUUUCUUUGGCAAGAAGACCUCAGACUCUGCUACGCAUACCGACGGUUUUAAUGCGGUCAUCAAGCCCCGACAAGCUCUUCCAUCGUUUGGUAGCGUUAGAGGGAACCGAAAGGGUACUCUCCAGAGAUCGCCCAUUCCUGAUUUCAGUGACAACGACUCAAGUUCAUCCUCUGAGAAUGAGGUUGCCGCUCAACCUGUGGCACUAUCGAAUGACCAUGCCAUCGCGGGUAUGCUCCAUAAAACUCAAGAUCACGGAUACUUCAAGCCCCGUAAUGUCAGCCCUCUGGAGCAAAUGUCUGUGAAUGGAGAUACUCUGGGUACCAGGUUGAGCGCAGACAAGGAUCCGAAUCCCAUCGGGAUCGCAGACCAGAAGCCAUACUCUGGUGUGAGCUCUGACCUUGCCGUGCCUGCCAUUGCCGUGGAACCAGCUACGCCCCCCCUAGAAGGCCCAAAGCGAAGUCUUGAGCAGCAAAGAUCCAUACAGGAUUCCAGGCGGGUUCCCCCCUCCAACUCAGACCGCAAUCUGAAAUCCACCGCAAAGAAAACCAGUGCCCAAGCUGUUGUUGCGAGUGCUGUUCCAAAUCUGGACGACGUGGACACCGAAGGGGAGUCUGGUGAUAGUGUUUACAGCGACGCAGCUGAGGAUAUUGACGGCGAUGGAUUCGGAUCAAUCAAUGCUAUUGUCGACAGUCGCUCAGCCCCCAGGUCGGUGUCAGCUUUCGACACCGCAAGCGAGAGCCGUGACGCAACACCGAAGGCUUCGGAUAGAACUGCCAUCGUGGAUACCCAGUCGCAUGACGUGACUGACCAAGCGGGGGAGGUGCGCUCCGUGACUCCGACCCAAGACUCAGUCAGUCGUGAGGUAGAGGAAUCCCCUAUUUCCCCGAUGAAAGCUCGCAAUCUUGACUCUGCCUACCCACUGCUUCCGAUUAACACGAACUUUGAUGCCCCUAAAAAUGGCACCUCCCGAACACAAAUAAAUGGGAAACAACGUCCGUUGUCUGUUGCAGUCAGUCCAACAUCUCGUGUGCAAGAUCCUCGUUUCUCAAGCAAUGAGAGCUCUCCGCGAGAUGGCAAGAGCAGACAACGUCCCAUGUCCCUUGGUCCUGCGUUCCAAAAGUCACGACCUGCGCCGCGCCGAACACUGUCCAGUGGAAGCGAUUCUUCCAGCAGCUUCAAGCGCACUUCCCCUCGCGGAGAUGGCGCGCACGCCAUGCGACGAACAAUGAGAGCCGGUGCUUCCCCAGCCGAACGAAAUGAGUCACCAAUUGACUAUCGACCGAUGUCAGCCGGUUCGUCCAAUGGAACCGGCACGAUGCGCAAGACUCUUCGAGGAACAGGUGGUGCUGGAAACGAGCGGUACUCGUUCUUUUCGACGAACAAUAAAGCACCUAGAUCAAAGGUCUCCAAGCAGCCUCCUAGGGCUGCCGGCUCUACCCGAUUUGCGGAUUCGGAUGGCGAGGAAGAUGGAGCUCGCGCGCAUACCUUCCAAAGUCGAUUCGAAUCCAGCGACGAGGAACAUCCUGGCAACAAGACCAUGCGCCCGGUCCGCGGUAUCCCCCGUCGCCAAGGUGCUGACGAUGGCGACUCGACGGAGCUGGACGACAGCUCGGAGGAAGGCGCCCGACAACAGGCAAGGCCAGCUGCUGCACAGCGGUCGGUUAUUACUCCUCCCGGAUCUCGCGGUGGGAACGAGCCGCGGAGCAUGUCCGGAAUGGCAGCUGUCGCUAAACAGCGCGGAAUGUCACAAAGAGAUCUGGAACAAUUUCUCCUGUCGCCUCCACGUGGACGAAAGCCAGGUCUUCUCACACGACUUGGUCUGAAAAAAGACAAGAACAUUGAAAACAAGAUCCGCAAGGCCGAUGUUGAAAGUCCCUCGCGAAGAGACACACAUCUCGAGCGAUCGCGUCUGGAACGCGAUCAACUGCGUGAAGAUCAUGUUGCCAGUGGAGCCUAUGGUAAUACUGUGACAACCGUUACAGCCGGAAGUCCUGAGCAACCUCACCACUCCAAGCUAGUAAAGAGAAAUUCCAAACGAAACACCACAGACCCGUCUUGGCCUCUCCACCCUGACCAAGCGGACCAAGAAACUCUGCCAUCAGUUCCAGAGCAAACCGCCACCGCUCCAUCAUCCGUUCCACAAGUCGAGGAAUCCAAGUCACAAAUCAAUGCUGCACCCACCAGCAAUGGGACGGUUCUUGUCAACGGAGAUAGUACACGUGGUGCAUCUCCUAUUGCCAAACAGCCUGGGCCAAUUCGGCGUGAGAGCAGGACAGAGUCGUAUAAUGACAACGCGUCGGAGAUCUCGAAUCCGGAUGACCACGGGCCUUCAGCACGCGAUGUUGUGAUUGCCGGCUCUGGACGGAAGAAGCGAUUCCCAAUGCUCAGGAAGGCGUUUGGUCUCAAGGCUUGA